AAACAAGUAACUGCAACAACUUCCAAGUACACGACAAGUACAACACAUUUAAGGAAAUUUAAGAACUCUCUUUCGUGCUUGGAACUUGAGCUUCUUGCUGCUUGUCCUCGCUGGCAUCAAGUCGUACAUAAGAAAGUCCUAUAUCAAGAUGCCAGUAGAACUAAGCUCCAAAUAAAGCACUCAACAAACAAUAAGCGGCAAGGAGCAAACCUGCUGAAAGCUCUUGACAGUCUUGCCAAUGCUACGGCCAACUUCAGGCAACUUCUUCGGCCCGAAAACGAGCACCGCCACGCCGGCAAUGACGACGAGCUCCGGAACCCCAAGUCCGAAGAGGCACUUGCAGGACAGCCCCCUUCUCUUAGCUCUCCUGGGAGAGGCCACCGAGAGCCCGACUCCGGCCCGAUUAGUUAUAAAACUGAGUUGGAGGAAGAGAGAGAGGACAAUUUCCUUGCUGGUAUGGAGUUUGUGCUGAGUGACGUCAUGAAAGUAGAAGCUGAGACGGCUGCCAUUGGAGAAAACAUUUGCGCUUGCGUGGUUGAUCACCUUCCGGGAUUUGCGGUGUGUUAUGGUCAAAUUGUCAGUGUGGUAUUGUUAAAUCCAAACCCAAACCAAACACGCAACCCUGAUGUCCUCUCCAAUUUCAACCCUCCAAACCCAAGAUCUGCCCUACCACCACCACCACCACCACCACCACCUCAGCCCUUUGUAGUCAUCGCAAACACCGCACGUCAUCCAGAUCGGAUCACACCGAACGCCUCCAUCGCGAAGUAUUCAACCCCUCUAUCGCGAAGUAUUCAACCCGUCCACCCUAAACCCAGAGGCCGUCCCGCGAGAAAAUCACUUGGCCAGGGUCUGAUCUACCUCUUCAUCUUCGUCGUCGAGAGUCUACAAUUACAGACUGAACAAACGUUGUUUACAGUUUCACCAGUACCAGGUGAUCGAAAGAGCUUUGCUGACCGAGGCCGACGAGCACCCUACCGGAUGAAGCUAUGGGCGACCAAUGAGGUCCGAGCCAAGUCGAAAUCC